CGGAGCGCGGCCCGGCCGAGCGGGAGCGGGACUCCGGAGUCCACCAACGGCGCGGCCGCGCUGCCCGCACGCCCGGCUGGCCGGCCCUGCGCGCCACUCCCGACCGCGGCCUCGCUCCUGCCCCGCGGUGACCGCAAGCCCCGCUCCGUCCCCCUGCGGCCCUUCCUCGUCGCCUGUCCGUCCCCGCUGCGUCUUCGCUGUGUCCCGCGCUCCGUCCUUCUCUGUCCCCGUUCCGUCCCGCUGUGUCCCCCGCUCCGUCCCCGCCCGCCGACCCCCGGCGAUGCCGCGCGGCGCCACCUGGGCGCUGCUCCUGGCCGCGGCCCUGGGGCUCGGGGCGCGCGGCGUGCGCGGCGCGGUGGCCCUCUCCGACUUCUACCCGUUCGGCGCGGAGCGCGGCGACGCCGUCACCCCCAAGCAGGACGACGGCGGCUCCGGGCUGCGGCCGCUCUCCGUGCUCUUCCCGUUCUUCGGCGCCGAGCACUCCGGCCUCUACGUGAACAACAAUGGGAUCAUCUCCUUCCUGAAGGAGGUCUCGCAGUUCACGCCAGUGGCCUUCCCCAUUGCCAAGGACCGCUGCGUGGUGGCGGCCUUCUGGGCGGACGUGGACAACCGGCGUGCAGGCGACGUGUACUACCGGGAGGCCACCGAUGCAGCCACGCUGCGCAGGGCCACAGAGGACGUCAGGCGCUACUUCCCUGAGCUGCCCGGCUUCUCCGCCACCUGGGCGCUCAUAGCCACCUGGUACCGCGUGACCUUCUUCGGAGGCAGCUCCUCCUCCCCCGUCAACACGUUCCAGAUUGUGCUCAUCACCGACGGCAAGCUCUCCUUCACCAUCUUCAACUACGAGUCCAUCACGUGGACCACGGGCACGCACGCCAGCAGCGGGGGCGACGCCGCUGGUCUGGGGGGCAUCGCGGCCCAGGCCGGCUUCAAUGCGGGUGAUGGGCGGCGCUACUUCAGCAUCCCCGGCUCACGCACAGCGGACAUGGCGGAGGUGGAGACCACCACCAACGUGGGCGUGCCCGGGCGCUGGGCGUUCAGAAUCGAUGAUGCCCAGGUGCGCGUGGGGGGCUGCGGCCAUACAACCUCCGUGUGCCUGGCCCUGCGCCCCUGCCUCAACGGCGGCAAGUGCAUCGACGACUGCGUCACGGGCAACCCCUCCUACACCUGCUCCUGCCUCUCGGGCUUCACGGGGAGGAGGUGCCACCUGGAUGUGAACGAGUGUGCUUCCCACCCGUGUCAGAACGGCGGGACCUGCACGCACGGCGUCAACAGCUUCAUCUGCCAGUGCCCGGCCGGCUACGGGGGACCCACCUGUGAGACAGCACAGUCUCCAUGUGACGCCAGAGAGUGUGAGAACGGCGGCUGGUGCCAGGCGGAGGGCGGCUCGGCGGUGUGCGUGUGCGUAGCCGGCUACACGGGUGCAGCCUGCGAGACGGAUGUGGACGAGUGCGGCUCUGACCCCUGCCUGAACGGAGGGUCGUGUGUCGACCUGGUGGGGAAUUUCACCUGCCUUUGUUCAGAGCCCUUCGAGGGACCUCGCUGCGAGACAGGAAGCCACCCAGUGCCCGACGCCUGCCUCUCGGCCCCUUGCCAGAACGGGGGCACCUGUGUGGAUGCGGACCAGGGCUACGUGUGCGAAUGCCCCGAAGGCUUCAUGGGCCUUGAAUGCAGGGAGAGAACCCCCAACAACUGUGAGUGCCGCAAUGGUGGCAGGUGCCUGGGGGCUAACACCACCCUCUGCCAGUGCCCUCCGGGCUUCUUUGGGCUCCUCUGCGAAUUUGAAGUCACGGCCAUGCCCUGCAACAUGAACACGCAGUGCCCCGACGGCGGCUACUGCAUGGAGUACGGCGGGAGCUACCUGUGCGUCUGCCACACCGACCACAACGUCAGCCACUCGCUGCCGUCCCCCUGCGACUCGGACCCCUGCUUCAACGGAGGCUCCUGUGACGCCCACGAUGACUCCUACACGUGCGAGUGCCCGCGGGGCUUCCACGGCCGGCACUGCGAGAAAGCCCGGCCGCGCCUGUGCAGCUCGGGGCCCUGCAGGAACGGCGGCACGUGCAAGGAAGCAGGCGGCGAGUACCACUGCGACUGCCCCUACCGCUUCACCGGAAGGCACUGCGAGAUCGGGAAGCCAGACUCAUGCGCCUCUGGCCCCUGUCACAACGGCGGCACCUGCUUCCACUACAUCGGCAAAUACAAGUGCGACUGUCCCCCAGGCUUCUCGGGACGGCACUGCGAGAUAGCCCCCUCCCCCUGCUUCCGGAGCCCGUGCAUGAAUGGGGGUACCUGCGAGGCCCUGGGGACAGACUUCUCCUGCCGCUGUCAAGCAGGGUACACAGGACGCCGGUGCCAGGCAGAGGUGGACUGCGGCCCGCCCGAGGAGGUGACACACGCCACCCUGCGCUUCAACGGCACCCGGCUGGGCUCCGUGGCCCUGUACUCGUGUGACCGAGGCUACAGCCCGAGCGCCUCCAACCACAUCCGCGUCUGCCAGCCGCAGGGCGUCUGGAGCGAGCCUCCCCAGUGCCACGAAAUUGACGAGUGCCGAUCCCAGCCGUGCCUGCAUGGGGGCUCCUGCCAGGACCGCGUCGCUGGGUACCUGUGUGUCUGCAGCCCAGGGCAUGAAGGAGCCCGCUGUGAGCUGGAGACAGACGAGUGCCUGGCGCAGCCCUGCAGAAACGGAGGCUCCUGCAGGGACCUCCCGGGGGCCUUUGUCUGCCAGUGCCCCCCGGGCUUCGCUGGAGUCCACUGUGAGACAGAGGUGGACGCCUGCGACUCCAGGCCCUGCCAGCACGGAGGCCGGUGCGAGAACGGUGGCGGGGCCUACCUGUGUGUCUGCCCAGAGGGCUUCUUCGGCUACCACUGCGAGACAGUGAGCGACCCCUGCUUCUCCAGCCCCUGUGGGGGCCGCGGCUACUGCCUGGCCAGCAACGGGUCCCACAGCUGCACCUGUAAAGCGGGCUACACGGGCAAGGACUGUGCCAAAGAGCUCUUCCCACCAACGGCCCUCAAGGUGGAGCGAGUGGAGGAGAGCGGGGUCUCCAUCUCCUGGCGCCCACCCGAAGGCCCAGCCGCCCGGCAGAUGCUCGACGGCUACGCGGUCACCUACGCCUCUUCCGACGGCUCCUACCGCCGCACGGACUUUGUGGACCGGGGCCGCUCCUCGCACCAGCUCCGGGCCCUGGCGGCUGGCAGGGCCUACAAUAUCUCCGUCUUCUCGGUCAAGCGCAACGCCAACAACAAGAACGACAUCAGCAGGCCCGUGGUGCUGCUCGCCCGCACGCGACCCCGCCCCGUCGAGGGCCUUGAGGUCACCAACGUGACUGCCAGCGCCGUCUCGGUGCGGUGGGCUCUGCACAGGAUCCGCCACGCCACCGUCAGCAGCGUCCGCGUGUCCAUCCGCCACCCCGAGGCCCAGGAGGACGAGUCCACUGACGUGGACAAGGGUGUGGACAGGUUCACAUUCAGGGCCCUGCUUCCGGGAAGGAGAUACACCAUCUGGGUGACUGCCCUCAGUGGGCUUGGGGGGCAGGAGCACCCCACUGAGAGCCUGGCCUCGGCACCACUGCACGUGUGGACCCGGCCUCUGCCGCCAGCCAACCUGACCGCCGCCCGAGUCACGGCCACCUCUGCCCACGUCGUCUGGGAUGCCCCCACUCGGGGCACCUCACUGGAGGCCUACGUCAUCAACGUGACCACUAGCCAGAGCACCAAGAGCCGCUACGUCCCCAGCGGGAGGCUGGUGUCCUACACGGUGCGGGACCUGAUGCCUGGACGGCGGUACCAGCUGUCGGUGACGGCCGUGCAGAGCGCCGGCGGCGACCAGCUGCACAGCGAGCCCGCUCACCUGUACAUCAUCACCUCCGCGAGGGAUGGCGCCGACAGACGCUGGCACCGGGAAGGACCCCCUCCGCGGGCGCUCAGAACCCGACCGGCCCCCGCGCGCCUGCCGGAGCUGCGCCUGCUCAACGACCCCGGCGCCCCCGCACCGCCGACCCAGGCCCCCAGGUUCUCGGAGCUCGUGGACGGCAGAGGACGAGUGAGCGCCAGCUUCCGCAGCUCGCCUGGCAGACGGGUCACUGUGAGAUCACAACCCACGGCUCUGGUGCAGCUGGAGAACGCAGAGGAGGUCCCCGAGCAGGUCAGCCUGGCCCUCCAGCUCCCCGGACGCAGUGGUGACAAGGGCGCGGAAAGUGCCCCUGGGAACUGUUCAGAAAACCCCUGUCAGAACGGAGGCACCUGUGUGCCUGGUGAGGAUGCCCGCAGCUGUAACUGCAGCCCGGGGUUCAAAGGCAGACACUGUGAGCUUGCCUGCAGAAAGGUGCCCCAGCCCUGCACACGGCUGUUCUCGGAGACAAAGUCUUUUCCGGUCUGGGAAGGAGGCGUCUGUCACCACGUGUAUAAAAGAGUCUACAAAGUGCAUCCAGACACCUGUUUCAAAGAGAGCUGCGAGAGCACGCGCGCCAGGACCCCAGACAGGAAACAAAGUAACAGUCCUACACUGAAGAAAUCUUAAGGUACGUUCCCACAGCCAGCAGAGCUGCUGGGAAGUCUGAGGGACAUCCCCCCAGCACUCGGCCCUCGGGAGGGCUGCUGUCUCCUUGUGGAGCUCUGAGAAGAAAGCUCAGUGUGUGCUCUGUGUCAUAAGCUCAGACCAGAAGGUUACAGAACUGCCUAAGGGGGUUAAAAUGGGUGAGAAAAAUAAUACUUAAGGAAGGCCUCCCAAUAGACAUAAACUUGGUCUGAUACAUCGAAUCCCACUCUAUCUCAAUGGGCAGAGAAACCCCUUCCCCGGUCAUCAGCAAUGGCAAUGGAGGGGGCGGGUGAGCUCUUAGAGAGGCCGAAGACCACCUGCACCCAGAGGGAGGUGGGACUGACGGGCUGCUGGGAGGGCAGGCGAGGGGGGACAGUGGGAGGGGCCUGGGAUGCCAGAAGGCAGAGGAAUUCUAGGAGUGCUUUCCAGACCCUGUAAAUGGAAGUCCAUUGAGAAAGGGUGUGCGGCCUUGAUCACAUAACUUUGGGUAAGUCCUGAGACUCUCUCACUGGGAGAGUGCCAAUGAACACAGGCAUCCUAAGCAUUCAGAAACCCUGACAUGAGAAAAACUUUCUAACGCUAUUCUUGUUUAAUCCAGCAUUUCCCAACCUCUUGUGGCAAGUGAGCCCCAUGUGACUCCCACCCCCUCACACGCACACUCUGUGGAAACCUUCACGAUAAUUUGGAAGAUCCUAGGCUAAGCCACAGAGACCCAUCCACAGCCUGACACAAUUUCUUAUCAACGUGACGCACUGGGAAUGAAAGAGGUAUUCUGGCUGACCCAGGAGAGCUCACCACUCGAGCUCCAUAAAGGAGCCCAGAAGCCCAUCUUCCUGGCGGUGCAGGAGGGGAGUGAGACUCCUGGGUACCAAGCAGCUUCACAAACAGGCUACAUUUUUUUAUACGGCUGAGGAGAUGAAGAAGAAAUGUUACUCAGAGACCUUUAUAAACAACCAGAAGCAAAAGAGCUUCACACAUAUAGGCUGACACUAAAGCAGAAUGUUCACCAACCAAGCAGGGAAAGCAGAGGCUGGGACCCACAGGUUGGGCAGCGGCACGUGAGCGAGAACGUGUGACCUCAGGCAGGCGUUCAGUUCCCAUCAAAAGUCUCUGCGUUCAGGUCCCACCUACUCAAAGGCAUCACUCCCCCCCAACCCCCAUGUACCCAAAACAUGCACUCCAAGGCCUGCAAGCAAUUCACCACCCACAGAUAUAACUGGGGCGUGAGACAUUUAUUUAUUUGUUGCAAUAAGUCAUCUGGGAGAUAAUAUCUAUUUUUUUAACCUCAUUCAAUGAAUCAACUUCUAUAAAAACAAAUCAGAAACCCUCAAUUGUUAAAUUAUCAAAUACUGGCUUUUAGCAUACCCAUUCUUAAGACAAUGGAGAAAACACAAAUAAGCAGGAAACAUUCACACAACACACACAUCCAAGAACAAAGUGCAAGAAUUCAUUCAGUCGAGAGAGACCAGGGACAGCCCAUGCCUUCAGAGAAAAGAUCCAAGGCGUCACCAAAUGAAGGGGGUUGCAGCCUGCAGACUUCAAAUUUAAGCUGCAAUGCUACCCACAUGUCCCCAACACUGGGGGGUAUAGUCAGUCCUCCACGAGCCUGCCCCCCAGCACCCACUGCCAUGUCACAGGGAACAAACUUCACAGUUCUGAUGUGGCAAGCUCUUCAGGUCCUCCGGGGCAGCAACCUGGGAGCCGCCACCGUAGAGAGGAAUGGGUACCACUAUCCUCCUCCUCACACCCCGGUCUGUUUUCUCUUCUAAGGAUCAGGAUGCUCUUGUUACGCUCCAUCCACCUCACGAGUUUCUAAAGCCCAGGAAGACGAGGUCUAAAAUUGGAUUGAAACAAGGUCCUGGCUGGAGUCGGUGCCCUGAGCGGCUUCUCUCCUCUGGCCUCUGGAAGACAGACGGCCAGGCCAGGCAAGCACCAGCCACCUCCUUGCCCAGCCACAACCAGGGAGACCUCCGGGACAGAACCCACAUCUGACAUACCCCAGGCUGCGGUCUCCUAGGGGGCGGUCUGCACCACGGUGAGUGCGCACCCACGGCGCACACGUUAGCCCUGGAUGGCAAGGCUGUCCGCCAGGAAUGCUUCUGCAACCUUCAGAAACCAGUUCUCAGAUUCCGAGGUCAGAGGAAGAAUUCUCCCUUUGAGAGCUAGCAACAAAAUUGAGGAGGAACUGCUAUCAACAGCUUCCAAAGCAGAGACGGUGGGGCUGGGAGGAAGGGGCAGCGAUGAGGCCACACUGGAAGCGCUGCGCCCGGCUCUCCUCUGCCAGCAGAUUAUUUAUGCUGAUCGUUCGCAGGCUACUGCUCCAUCAUAUGGACCAGCUGACUUUGAGGGAGAAAACGGUAACACUAAGACGGAGUUUAGACACUUUUUACCUGCAACCUUUUCUGUAAAGGUCAGACAGUACUUCUGGCUUUGAGGACCCUAUGGUCUCUGUGGCAGUGACUCAGCUCUGCAGCUGUAGCACAAAUGCAGCCAACAGACGUGUGACUCACCAGGCGUGGCUGGGUUCCAAUAAAACUUUAUUUACAAAAACAGGCAGGGCCGAGUUGGCCCAUGCGCCACGCUGGGUUAACCCCUGGUCUUUGAGGUCAUAGGCUUUGGCCUAUCCCCUGGAUGACAAGUCCCACCAAGGCGCCAAAGACCUCAAGGGUUUCACGGAAACCUCAAGGGUCUCAAACCCCACUUGGAAAGCCAAGGCAGCACCUCUACCAAGUACAGUGAGGGCUCGUCCCACAAGCCUAAAUGCGAUGCUGGUGAAGGUUUCUCUUAGUCCAGGACUCAAGUAACGCCGUGUGGGGCUAUCAGGUAGUAAGCACCGUGUUCCCCACGCUCCUCCUUCACACACAGAUCGCCGCGUCAUCCUGCCACCCCUGCUCUCUAGCACGCUUCUAAGCAGUGCUCGCUUCUCCCUGCAAAUGAGGUGAAAACCAGACAAGCCAACCCUACGUCCGGUGUGCUGAACAUCUGAGCAGCCGAGCCAGACGGAACUCAAGCCGCCGUGCGUCUCCCACCGACGCUGCCCCGAGUCAGCAUCACAGACACAGAAAGGGGCUCUUCCUUUCGUCUUCCAUAAAAAAAAUUUUUUUUACAGAGUUAUAUUUUAGGCUUUUUAUUUUUAUUAAAGUUUUGUGUGCAUAUGUCUGUGUAUUAUGCAUUCUGUCAUUUUCAGCAAGGAGGAAGAGUCAUUUCGAGAAGUCUCUACGGUGCUCCAGAAGGUCCCCAGUCUCCAAGGCCCACCUGGAGAAGACGGCUGAGUGCAGUGCAGGGGCUCUGACACUGGGAGAAUCGAGAGAACCACAUACAUAAACACGUCCUGCUGACUGUGCUGUGGCACUGGGACCUGUCACUGUGCAACUGUGUAAGCUACGGCGUCACGAGCAAACAGCAAGAUCAAGUGAUAUCACUGGAAAGAAGACGAACCCCUCUACCGCCACGUCAAUGACCUCAAGCCCCUCAGCCACGAGGCAAAUGUAACGCGUUCCAGUCUUCAGCUUAGAAGCCCUUGUUUCUACAAGGAACAGUCUGCUGCCUCCUGAGCUUGGUGCUGCGUUUUCUUAUGAUUAACCCAUUUUGAUGUUUUAUAAGUUAAACAUCUAGUAAAAGACUUCCUGAUGCUAAAGGAAUUAUAAUUCAUCCUUGAAACGUUACAAAUGAGCCACUGCUUUUUUCCACACGGCUCCUUCUUAAAACUCUAACGUCUUCCUUGGAGAUACUCAAGGUCCACCCCAAAAAAUUAGCAAAAGUGGAAUCAAAAAAUUGUCAGGGGCAUACACGUUUCUGUGUCGAAAUGAAAGGAGCAAUCCCGAGUUGCCGAGUCAGCCUUGUGCUAAUCAAAGCUUGGAUCAACUAACCACGUCACCGAGCUUCGAUCUAAGAUCCUGUUAGUCCCGCCUGGGGAACACAAGAGCAGCACCCUAGGUCCCCGGGACGGUGCCGCCACCCGGAGGCCACAGAACACACGAGGAAAUGGAAACUGAAAUCUCUGUACUUUCAAAUAAUUCUGCCCACGGCCAAGAAAGACAGUGAAGACAAAACCUCCCUUUUCCCGCUGCACGAGGACCGACACGGGUGCAAAUGAGGAACGCUCCGUGGCGCCCUGCUGCUCAGCCACCAGCCACCCCGACAGGCCAGGGCUCCAGCCGGUGUCAGCCCACCUCCAGCGCCUUCCCUGGGCUGGAGCUCCUGCCACUGCCCAACGACUGCCACCGAUGUCGCACUCACGUGUGGAGGGACUCAAUGAGCUGUUCUUUUGCAAAAAAAUGUCUUUCUCUUUGCAGUCAUGCUCGAAUAUGAGCCUGGAGAAAGCAAAAGCAUCUACACCUCAGUAAAUGCAGCUCCAAUCUACCCACAGUAAAACACAGCUCAAAUCUACCAACAGCAUCCCAGUACAGAGGAGAAAGGAACUCUCUUAAAAAAUCAGCUAUGUACUUUACUUCUAAAUAAAAGAGAAACAAAUGUGAGCCCAUUUAAAAUCUCAAGUCCUCACGAAUCAGCACAGUCGCAUUUCGCUAAAUGAGGCCUUAGAGCCGCGUCCGAGCCUUGGCACUGCUGAUCUCCGGGCUGGCUCACCCUGUCGUGGGCCUGUGCUGUGACUGCAGGAUGUUCAGCAGCCGCCCGGGCCUCGACCCACUAGACCCCACUAGACCCCAACUGCACACCCUCCUGGUCCUAACAACCCGAUGGGAAAUGUCCCCAGAUGUUGCUAGGUGUUCCCUGGUGUCAAGAUCACCCCCAGGUGAGAACCGCUGACAGGACUUACGUGGUCUCUGCGAGAAAAACGAGGCCAAGCACCAGGAGUCUCACGUGUAGCUGUUAAAAUGCUGUGAAGACCUGAGUUUUGGGCACAUCACCAAAAAUGUCUUCUGCAGCAUCAAUCCUGUGCCAGCUCCCCCCAAGAAAGGAAUCUCCAGGACCUUCUAGGAAUCACCCAUCUCCCCACCCCUCACAGAGCUCACGCCAUCAGGGCUGUACCUCUACCUCAGAGAUGACCCCUGGCUUACAUCCAAGUCCACUCCCCAACCCCAACUCUUCAGGUCGCUCCUCAGACCCACUGGCCUCCCCAAGGGGCCUUCCACCACCUCUGGUGUCACGGAGAGCUCCCUGAAAUGAAACCAAGCCCAGACCUGCGGCCCUGGCUCCAGGUCAGAACUCCACGGACGCCAAAGACGUCAGGCCUGGACGCAAGCCCCUGGGCCUGAGCUGGUGUGAAGGCAAACUCCACCAGCGGUCAGGGUCAGGGCCAGCGGUCAGGGUCAGGGCCAGCGGUCAGGGUCAGGGCCCGCUCUUCUCAAAGAGGCAAAAAGUGCCCCCACGCGGGGCUGGCGGUAAGAAGCUGUGCAGAGCAAAACCAUACAUCACUAAUCAACCUCCUUUUACUCUGCUGUACAAUGACUGCAAUUACGAAACAAUAAGAUAUUUUUGAACUAAAAACCUGAGUAUUUUUGUGGAAAACCUGCUCCUUGUUUUCAUAAAAUAA